CAAACAAUGCUUCCAAUAUUCAGUUCGAGAAUCAGCUUCCUCCAGUGAAUAUCGGAGCAUCUUUUUGUGGAAAUUCAGUUUCUGAGUUUGGGGUUUUUGAUUUGGUUGUGAUUUUUCCUAUUCUUGUGAGAAUGAAGAUCUUAGUGGUUUUGGCUUGUGUGGCCAUGGCUGCAGCCCGGCCAGAGGCUCCUCUCCAUGGAUAUAACUAUCCAGCUCCACGACCUAUAGUGCACCAGGCUGUGGCAUCUUCUGCAGGGCAUGCCACCGCUCACGGUCACGGAGGAGGUUACUACCAGGCUCAGGCUCCAAUCCAAGUCUCGGCUCCAGUCCACACUCCAGUCUUCCAUCAGAGCGGAUUUGGAUCAGCUAUCUCCGGUGGAGCAUUCGGCUCAGGUUCUGCAACUGGUGCAUCUGGUUUCGGAGGUUCUGGUUUCGGAAGUGCCUUCGGCAGUGGAGCCGGUCAGGCCCAAAGCUUUGCAGCUCCUCAGCAAACCGUAGUGCAGAAGCACAUCUACGUGCACGUGCCGCCACAGGAACCCGAAGAGACCCGUGCCCAGCAGAUCGUGAGCCAGGGCGUUCCCCGCAAGCACUACAAGAUCAUCUUCAUCAAGACACCGAACGUGCAGCCUUCGGCCGCCCAGAUCGCUCUCCAGCAGGCCCAACAGGAGGAGAAGACCAUCGUCUACGUGCUGGUCAAGAAGCCCGAUGAACAGGCCGACAUCAACAUCCCACAGCUGCCAUCGCUGCCCCCAAGCAAGCCCGAAGUCUACUUCAUCAAGUACAAGGCCAACAAGGCUUUCGAUGCCAAUGUCGGCCAGAGUGGACUGAGUGGACUGAGCGGUUCCGUGAGUAGUUCCGGUGCCGGAAUUGCCACCGGACACGGUGGUUCGGGACAUGGCUUCGAAGCUACCCUGGGAGCCAGCGGUAGCAGCAGCUCUUCCUCCGUUGUUGGCGGCAGCCUGCCGCACACGGACUACGGAGCCCCCAUCGGUCACCAGGGAUACCCCUAAAAGGGUCACCUCUGGAGGCUCGAGACCCCAACGUUACUCCCGGCUGAUCAACCCGCGAUACCUCCCGUAUUUGCUUUAAAACUAGUCUGGAUAGGAGCGUGCGAGCGAACGCGAUUUGCUAGGUGCGACGACAAUACUCGGUUAGACCCCCCCUCCUGCUGCGAUUUCGAACCGUUUUAUGACAUCGGACAACACUAAUUGGAACAAGAAUAGGGGCUAUAAUAGAAGCGAUCGAUGGUUCAUUCGUGUCUGGGAGCACACUGCCACUGACGGUCAUCUUUCUUCGCGUAACGGUGACAGAGGAAAGAUGGCAACACUGGCAACCCUAUUUCCAUUUCAUAGCCUACUUCCUAUUGCUAGACCCCCCUCUAUCCCAGAGCACGAAUGCCACGGUCGCGACAACGUGGAAGACUAAUUUUAUUUAAUGCUGACAAUUUUUUCGCUGUUAAAUUAUUGAAACCAACCCGAAAAGAUCGUAAUUUUAAAUAAGGUAUUUGUAGGAAAUUAGAGGAAGAGAGAAACAAAUUGUUACUUAUAUUUAAGUACCAUAUAAAUAGGACGAAAAUAAAAGAGAGAUUCUAUAAACAAAGUAA